AUGGCAACGACAAUCGACGACAUUGGUUUGGUGGGGAUCAACGUGAGGAUUUGGAGAUACAUGGCCGUGCUGUAUCCCACUCCGGGCACCAGUUGGCGGAAGUUUGCCUUUGUACUGCCCGUGUGCGCCAUGAAUCUGAUGCAGUUCUUCUAUCUGCUUCGCAUGUGGAGCGACCUGCCCGCUUUCCUCCUCAACCUGUUCUUUUUUGCGGCCAUUUUCAAUUCCUUGAUGCGGACGUGGCUGGUCAUAAUCAAGCGUCGGGAGUUUGAGAAAUUUCUAGAGGAGCUGUUCAGGCUCUAUCGAUGGAUACUCGAUUCUGGCGACGAAUACAGUCGGACCAUCCUGCUGGAGGCGGAGCGUGAAGCCCAUCGCCUGGCCGUUUUCAAUUUGACAGCCUCCUUCCUGGACAUUGUUGGGGCCCUGGUCUUCACCCUUUUCAAAGACGAGCGAAGUCAUCCCUUUGGCGUGGCCCUUCCACUGCUGGACAUGACCCGCACGCCCGUCUAUGAAAUUUUCUACUUGCUGCAGAUUCCAACGCCCCUGCUCCUCAGCGUCCUGUACAUGCCCUUUGUCAGUGUCUUUGCGGGCUUCGCCCUCUUCGGUAGGGCCAUGCUGCGGAUUCUGGUGCACAAAUUGUCGCUGAUUGGUGGCCAGCAGCAGGACGCUGGGGCACGCUAUCAAAGGCUGACCGCCUGCAUUCGCUUUUACAUCGAAGUGCUAGGUUAUGUGCGUAACUUAAACAACUUGGUAAACCUCAUUGUGGCCAUCGAAGCAAUCGUCUUUGGUUCUAUCAUCUGCUCUCUUCUCUUCUGCCUGAAUAUAGUAAGAAGUAUUACUUCACCCACCCAAAUAGUCUCGAUCGUGAUGUACAUCCUCACCAUGCUCUAUGUGCUGUACACCUACUACAAUCGGGCCAACGACUUGGUCAUUGAGAACGCUCUGGUGGCGGAUGCCGUCUACAAUGUGCCCUGGUAUGAGGGUAACAUGCGUUUUCGCAAAACUCUCUUGAUAUUCUUGAUGCAAACCCAAUGUCCACUGGAGAUAAGAGUUGGCAACGUUUACCCCAUGACUUUGGCCAUGUUUCAGAGUCUGCUGAAUGCGUCCUACUCCUACUUCACCAUGCUGCGUGGCGUCACCAAUAAAUGAGCUGAAAGAGACCAGAGCAUUCCUCAACCCCCAAUCCCUUGCACAGUGCCAGCAAUCUGAGUAAUGCAAAAAGUUGUUUCUGUAGUUGUUGCUGGCGGUCCUAGU